AUGCGUCUCUGGUGCAUGGCUCGAUGGCUUCUCACUGGCACGGAAAUCGAAAGACUUGACUUCAGGGUCGCAGUCAUCUUGCACUUUACUCCGACCACUACCACGAGUUCUACGACGCCGCCCACCUCGACUACGUUCAUGGAUGCUGACACGCAUGCUGCCUUCGAAGCUGUUUAUCACAGCAGCGCUGGCAUUAACCCUCUAAUCGGCUCUCCCACUGCCCCAUCCUCCGAUGACCAAUACGCCCACUCUCAGUAUGGCCUUGCUCAACGUGUCUUCAUCCGACGUCACCAUCGCGCACUCGCCGCGAACGAACAAGACAGCGAGAACCAGAACGAUUUAGAGAAGGACAUAGAGUACAAACACGACCUGGAGAACACUCAUGACUUGGAGAACAAACACGACUCCGAGUCGGAUUUGGAGAACCACAACGAUUCGGACCACGCUUCAGUUCAUCGAGGCAGUACUCCGCUCGGCGCAUUUGACGCUGGUAUCGAUUCGGAAGACGAGAUUCCCCCAGCCGAAAGCCUUAUCUCUGGGUGCCUCGGUAUCAUCUAUCCGACUCCUGCUGCCCCUUCAUUCGACAGCCCCACCUGCGGUGUUGAUGAUUCGGGUUCUGGCACUGUUGUGGACAACGAUAAGCCUCUGCCCAGUUUGCUGGCAUAUACUCGCGCAAGCUUCAUUUACGAAAACAACCAGUACUCUCGUUCGAUUAAAUAA